GGUGUGGGCCACGCGGGGUGGGACGGAAGCCUCGCUGGGUCAGACCGUGGCGACGCGGGAAGUCCGGACGCCGUAGCGGCCUGAAGAGGAGGUCGCAGGCACGGUCUCCGGCCGCGACCAUGGCGGAGAGGCCCGAGGACCUAAACCUGCCCAAUGCUGUCAUCACCAGAAUCAUCAAGGAGGCGCUCCCGGACGGUGUCAACAUCUCCAAGGAGGCCCGGAGCGCCAUCUCCCGCGCCGCCAGCGUCUUCGUGCUGUACGCCACAUCCUGUGCCAACAACUUUGCGAUGAAAGGGAAACGCAAGACACUGAAUGCCAGCGAUGUGCUGUCUGCCAUGGAGGAGAUGGAGUUUCAGCGGUUCGUUACCCCGUUAAAAGAAGCUCUGGAAGCUUAUAGGAGGGAGCAGAAAGGCAAGAAGGAAGCUUCAGAGCAAAAGAAGAAAGACAGAGACAAAAAAACAGAUUCGGAAGAGCAGGACAAGAGCAGGGAUGAGGACAACGAUGAAGAUGAGGAAAGGCUGGAGGAAGAAGAACAGAAUGAAGAGGAGGAAGUGGACAACUGAAGAGGAUGGGGAGAUGCCCCUUGGAAGGAACCACGUGAAAACCUGGUACAUGUUUGUGUGAAGCUUUUUCCGGCUGGGCAGAGUAGUCUUAGGCAGAAGAGCCUGAGAAGAUUGAAAUAAAAACUGAAUUAUCAUCAGGAUUAUUAUCAAAGUCAGUGCUUCCCAGACUCAGAGCAUCUGAGGAGCAGAAUCCUGUUUUGCUUAAUCAGUCUCAAGGUUAUAACUUUUUGGCAAGAGGGAUUCUGAAUGGCAAAUUUAAUUGGUCAGUUUGAUCUCUUUUGUUUACAUACACAUAUAGUUAGGCAAUUGUUGGUCCCCAGUUCCCUCCCUGCCCCCCAGAAGAGUAAUAAUAACUUCCAUGCUGCCAACUGUGUCCCAGAUCACAGAGGCAGUUCAGGCUCAGGAAAAAUUAGGGUUUGAUCAGAGUCAACCUGUUUGAUUAUACAGUAUUUGGCAAUUCUAGCUUAUUUCAAGUGAUCAGAAUGGCUUAGCUUUAGGAAACUACUAACAGGGUUGACGAGAACAAUGAAAUCUGCUGUCUCUUCACUUGACAGUAACAUUAAUUGAAUUUUGUUUUCUACAGACCCACUUGACUUAGAGCCCUUCUGUAUUGUCUGUAACCAGGCCUGUAACCUUCUAUAUUGCGUGUAACCUGCUUGGAAGGCUACCUUCUAGGCACAUACUGUUUUUAAAUCCACAGAGUAGAAUUAGAUAAGCAAGGUUGCCAAUGUCUUACUCUUAUAAAACAGUAAGAUGGUUUAGUCUUAAAUGCACCUCACUGCCUGCCACUGUACAGCUUCAGGAUUUGUCAUCACUUCCUGGAAGGUAUAAAAUUCCAAGUUUUCGUGUCCAGUAGUCCAUCUUCCAGAUUUGUGACUAUGACUUUUCAUUUUUCCAAUUCACGACAAGUUCCGAACUUUAUUUUCUUCUAGGCACAACUUUCUCCCUCUGUGCUUCUCACCACCUGUCUCUGUCCUGCCUCUCCUCUGCUCCCCAUUCCCACUUUCUCCGUCCCUCUUUUUUUUACUUCUGCCAACCUAGGGACUUGGAUGACCUGCAAUAUCCCAGAGUAUGGGUUCCUGUGAUUCUCUAGUUCUAAUCUCAUGUCUUAAAACUGAUUUUGUAAACCUUUUUGACCCAUGAGGGAAAUCUGAUGGUGCUCAGGAAUUUAAUUCCGCCCCUAACCCAUCCCCUUUAACUGCUUCUAAGUAUCUCUGUUGACCUUUCCAGGUUUUCUUCUCUUUCCAUUUGGUGCUCCAAGCACUUUUUUGUUGGUCUCUUUAAGUUGAGUGCUUGGAGGUUGAAAGGUAGUGAAGUGUAGUUUGACACUGUUGAUUUAUUAAAUGAAUACAGUGGAAAGUCUGUUGAUAAAUUGAGUGAAGAAUAUUGAGAAAAUUAUAAUGCUUUGUAUAAUAAAAAACAUUAUUGUUAAAAGUGA